AUGGCAGCUGCCGAUACGAACGGCAAUCAACGCCUGGGGGAUACAGACGGCGUAGGUGAUCAGAUUCAUGGCACGGGGGAUGGAACGUCAACCGGAAUAGAUCAACCUACGUAUUUGGUGAUAGAUUAUGGCGACACAUGGCGUCAUCAACUGGACGAGGUGAGAGCCGACUACCAGCGACAGCUGGACGGCGUUCGCCAAGAACUCCGGCUGAUGGGAAACUGGCUAAAGGCUUAUUUUAUGAUGGUUCUACCCGUCAUGAUGGCUGUCUUUACCCACUUACUUUCACAAGAGAUGCCCCUCUACCCAGAGCUGCAGAAUUUUAUGGAUUCCAUCCUGCUUUGCCUGGCUGUGUUCGUACUCCUGUUUGGCCUGCCUCAGUUCGCUCAGCGAACUCUGGAGUACCACCAGUUCCUGCUGACCAAUGGGAGUGGAGCGGCUGAGGGUGAGGACGUGUCUGUUAAGGACGUCCUGGGGGACACCUCCUCCUCCAGUUCAGAGUGCGAAGAACCUGAUACAACCGGUGAAAACCCCAGCCAGGAAACCAGCGUAAACGACACAGAGCGCUCCGAAGUGUCCGAGAAUGAUAUUCCAACUGGCACCUUGGUAGACUUCGACUAGAUCGGCGUAAAUCUGUGCGGAUAACAUGGAUGUAGUAUAAAUUUAUCGAUCUGCAUACUAAAGUUUCUUAUAUCUU